AUGGUUGAUGUUGCUGUUGGGAUGGAACGGUUGGUUGGUGUCGGAGUGGUGAAAGAGAAGAGCUUUUUGGGGAGGGAUAAGAGGGGGAGCGAGAAUGUGGAAGCUGAGGCAUCCAGGUGGCAAUCUUUUGAGCUGUAUAGCUGUAUAUUGUGGCUGCAAGACAACGUCACAGAGAGAGAAGGGAAGGAAGAGUGGGUGUUGGUGGUUGUCUUCCUCAUGGCAACCCUUUCCUCCAUCAUCUCCCUUUCUUAUCUUCCUCCUCUCCGUCGCCACCCUUCUCUUUCACCCUUUCCUCACUCUCUUUCUCUAUCAUUCUCUCGCACAAAACCUCGUUCUCCCUUUCUCCUUAUUGCUUCUUCUGCCCAUUCUUCCGAUGAUUUCACCUCCAAAUCCAAGAAAUCAGUGCUCACUGAGGCGAUACAAGAGAUAGAACCGCUGGAUGUUAGCCACAUCCAGAAAGAUGUUCCACCAGCAACAGCGGCUGCCAUGAAAAGGAUUAUAUCUGGAAUGCUGGGCCUGCUUCCAUCUGAUCAAUUUCACGUUGUCAUUGAGGCUUUGUGGGAACCCCUCUCCAAGUUGCUGAUUUCUUCAAUGACGACUGGGUGGCAAUCUUUUGAGCUGUAUAGCUGUAUAUUGUGGCUGCAAGACAACGUCACAGAGAGAGAAGGGAAGGAAGAGUGGGUGUUGGUGGUUGUCUUCCUCAUGGCAACCCUUUCCUCCAUCAUCUCCCUUUCUUAUCUUCCUCCUCUCCGUCGCCACCCUUCUCUUUCACCCUUUCCUCACUCUCUUUCUCUAUCAUUCUCUCGCACAAAACCUCGUUCUCCCUUUCUCCUUAUUGCUUCUUCUGCCCAUUCUUCCGAUGAUUUCACCUCCAAAUCCAAGAAAUCAGUGCUCACUGAGGCGAUACAAGAGAUAGAACCGCUGGAUGUUAGCCACAUCCAGAAAGAUGUUCCACCAGCAACAGCGGCUGCCAUGAAAAGGAUUAUAUCUGGAAUGCUGGGCCUGCUUCCAUCUGAUCAAUUUCACGUUGUCAUUGAGGCUUUGUGGGAACCCCUCUCCAAGUUGCUGAUUUCUUCAAUGACGACUGGGUAUGUUCAAUUAUAUAUGUUCUGA